GGUCGUUAGCCGACACGGACUCCGCAGAUCCCGCCAUGCCCGCAUUGAAAAGAGACGGCCGCCUUGGUGGCGGCUGAUCCACCGAGCGUACAUCCUUGUGCUUGCUUGUCACACGCGCGGCUAAACAUGUCCGACAUUCGUGUCCUUUCUGGCCCUGAGGUUGCCGAACAUGCCAACCGGGAGAGCUGCUGGAUUAUCGUGCACGGGAAAGUGUACGACGUCACUGAGUUCCUUCCUGAGCAUCCUGGAGGCCAGGCCAUCAUCUUGAAGUACGCUGGCAAAGAUGCGACGGAAGCGUACGAGCCUAUCCACCCGCCAGAUGCUAUCACGACGAACUUGCCCCCGGAUAAGCAUUUGGGAGUCAUCGACGCCAGCACCGUAGCGAAGGUCGUCAAAGAGGUCACUGCGGAAGAGAAGCAACGUCAGAAGUACAUGGAGGCGCGGCCAUCACUUGAUACUAUCAUCAACUUGCACGACUUCGAGACUGUGGCAAGGAAGGUCAUCUCCGAAAAGGCCUGGGCCUACUACUCCUCCGCAUCAGAUGAUGAGAUCACUUUGCGCGAAAAUCGCAUGGCGUACCAACGAGUAUGGUUCAGACCUCGCAUCCUCCGCGACGUCACUAGUGUCGACUGGUCGACGACGAUCCUCGGUCAAAAGUCCUCGCUCCCGGUGUACAUCUCGGCGACCGCAUUGGGAAAGCUCGGACAUCCUGAGGGCGAACUUUGUCUUACACGGGCGGCCCAAAACCAUGGUGUCAUCCAAAUGAUCGCCACUCUGGCGUCGUGCUCGUUCGACGAAAUGGUCGAUGCCGCCAAGCCAGACCAGCCAUUGUUCCUUCAAUUGUAUGUGAACAAAGACCGGGAAAUCACGAAGAAGUACGUUCAGCACGCGGAGGCGCGCGGCGUCAAGGCGCUCUUCAUUACGGUCGACGCACCGCAGCUCGGAAGACGUGAGAAGGACAUGCGCAUGAAGUUCGUAGGUGAAGAAGGUGUUGCGAAGGUGCAGGACGGACAGUCGGACAUCAAGAAGGACGAGGGGGUCGCUCGCGCCAUUAGUUCAUUCAUUGAUCCGAGCCUCUCAUGGAAGGAUAUCCCGUGGUUCAGGAGCAUUACGAAGAUGCCUAUCAUUCUCAAGGGUAUCGCUACGGCCGAGGACGCAAUCUUGGCGUACGAAUCUGGUGUCCAGGGAAUUGUCCUCUCCAACCACGGCGGUCGUCAGCUGGACACCGCGCGCUCUGGCCUGGAGGUUCUCGUCGAGGUGAUCCCGGCUCUGCGGGCGCGCGGCUACUUCCCGAACCCUAAUUUCGAGAUCUUCGUCGACGGUGGUGUGCGCCGCGCGAGCGACGUGCUCAAGGCCAUCGCACUUGGUGCAACGGCUGUCGGUGUCGGUCGGCCAUUCCUCUACGCAUUCUGCAGCUACGGUCAGGACGGUGUCGAGAAGGCUAUCCAGAUCUUCCGGGAUGAGUUCGAGAUGAACAUGCGUCUCCUGGGUGCGCGCACGAUCGACGAGCUCGUUCCCGAGAUGGUCGACGCCAGCGCGCUGUCUUCGCACGUCGUGCUGACGCCGCAGGACACCCUCUUCCACAACACUUACGUACCUUUGGCGGGCGCGACGUUCCAGGAGAGCAAGCUCUAGGCUGUGUGCGCGCUGAUCGUCUCGAGACCCGUGUCAUACAAUUCCCGCAGCAGUCCUGUAUAUCAGAUGUAACAUACACGGACGUCUACUUCUUUUGUCAAUAUAUUGAACCGAUCUCGUGAACCGUACAAGACAUGAACUCGUAUCAUCGUAACGUUCGUGUUUACAAUACAACAAGAACUGCGCCGGCGCCGGCGAUCCAGCAAAUCCCCAGACAAAUUGACGCGAGGAUACUAGCGCUCUGUGGCAAGC